AUGGUGUCAAAAAAAAAAGCUUUCCUUGUUUACGUUUUUUAUUUUUUUUAUAUGAUCAUUUUACAACUCUUUAAAAUUUUAUUUUUAAGGAUGAUCCCUCAAUUCCAAGAAGAAGAAGAAGAAGGUUUUAAAACUAAACUUUUUAUUAAAAAUGAAAAAAAAAGAAAUGAUAUUUAUAUUUUAAUUCAUUCACCAAAAUUAUGUGGUAGUUUAAGUUUAUCAAAAAAAUUUGAAGAAAUUGUAAAUAUUGAUAGUGGACAUUAUUCAAUUUUAAUUGAUAUUGAAGGUGAAACUGAAAAUUCAAAAAAUCCAAUUGGAAUUGAAUGUCAUUUAAUAAAUGAAAAAAAAGGUACAGGUUUAAAUUCAAUUAAUUUAAUUUUAAAACAAAGAUUUAAAAAUCAAUAUCCAACAUCCACAAAGAAAGCGAUUUUAGUUGGAAAAUUAAAUGAACAGUUUGAAAGAAGGGGACAAUAUUUUAAUUAUUUAGAAAAUUCAUUUCAAUCAUUUAUUGAAUCGAAAUUAGGAGAUCAUCAUCAUCAUUCAAAUUCACCAUCAUCAUCAACAAAAAACAAUAAUAAUAAUAAUAAUGAAUUUAUUAAUUGUCAUACAUUUGCAAAAUAUUUAAUUGAAGAAAAGUUUAAAUUAAAAUGGCCUUUAAAUAUAAAUAUGGUUGAAGAUGAAUAUCCAUUUUUAAGUUCUUUAACAAAUGCUCAAAAGGAAGCUGAAUUAAUAUCUUGUUAA